UAUGUCUAUUCUGGGGAUUUUGCUUCUGACUUCAGGUUCUCUCAUUUUGUGUUCACACAUUCAUUAUGAGUAUCACCUGAUAAAGGAGACAAAGAGCUGGGAGGAUGCCCAAAUGUACUGCAAAAAGAACUACACUGACCUCGCCACCAUUGGCAGCCAUGAUGACAUGAACAGGCUGGUGGACAUGACAAAAACCAAAGCAGAGACAACAGGGAUCUGGAUUGGUCUGAGAGAUAGCAAGAAGUUGUCCUGGAUGUGGUCUUUGGGAGAAACUAGGAUGAGUCAUGGAUUACUUGAAUACAACGUGGCCACUUCACUCGGUUCUACUCACAGAUGUGGAGGCAUGGAGCUUGAUGGGACAUUGGUUGGCAUCGAUUGUCUGACAUCUCUUCUUUUUGUCUGUCAGGAACACCAGUCCGGUAAGAUGCAUCCUGGUCCUGAAGCUAAGACAUGGAGGCAAGCCCAAGAGUACUGUCGACAGAAUGAUAUGGAAUUGGCCAGUGCAAGGAGCCAGGCUGAAAAACAGGCAUUACAGCAAAUUCUUAAUGAUGAGACAAAUUUCAGAACAACUAAAGAACGUGCGUGGAUAGGUUUGUUCAGAGAUCAGUGGAAAUGGUCGGACAAGAGUGACAGUUCCUUCAGAAACUGGGAAAAGAAUGAGUCAAGUCACUCUGAGGGCUGCGCAACAUAUAAGCCCUCCUCCAAGGCGUGGCAAAUCAACAAUUGUACUACCAAGCUUCCCUUCUUCUGCUAUAAUGGAAAAAGUAAGACACUGAAGCAGACUGUGAGGUUGAAAAUUAAGGCAAAUUCACUCUUAAACUUCAGUGAUGCUGCUGUGACUGACGCCAUUUUGGACCAACUCCAAAACAAGUAUCAGGGGGGCAAGCUUCAGUGGAAGGUCCAGCCAGACGGGACGAUUUUCAAGAAAAAGAAAAAAGAAGAAAAUUAAUGAAAGCUCCUGUUAUAAUGUAACAUAAAGUGAAGCUUCCACUAUGAAAUUUAUGACAUUCCAAUUAUUCCUGAAUGUCUGCAUGUGCAUUUGAGCUCUAGUCAUUAAAAUAGUCACACUAACAGUGUGUAAAAUCAUCAGAGAUAAAACAAGAAUCAUUUGGGGGACUUUCACUGUAUUACAACUGAAAAAAAGCUUGAUAUAUUUAACAAAUCCCAUUUACAUGGCUGCCUGUAAAAUGCAUUUGUGAAAUAAGAAUACUUAUUCCUCCCAUUUCUAUAUCUUGUAGUCAGCAGUGAUGUUUAUCUGACAUUGUACAUACACAUAUAAUUCAUGUUUUGAAGGGGUUAACUUUGAUGUUUUUCAUGCUGUCUUUAACGUUUAAUGUUCACUUUUAUUUCUCAUCAUGUAUUAACAGUAGGUCUGCUGUUGUUAACGUACUGAUGGUGCAAGGUUUUGACAAGGAAGAAGAAUGUGGUAAAUAACAAGAGGAGAUUUGUUUGGUCCUGCUGCAACCUGCUGAUU